AUGGGGGACGUGAACGCGUCGUCAACCGUAAGCGAUGAUCCAUCCACGCCUGCCAUGUUGGCUGGCUUCAUCUUCGUGACUCUCAUCGGCGGAGUUACGAGUCUGAUCUAUCUUUGGCUGAUAGCUACCACCGCGAUGGAAAGUACACUCCACAGUGUGUCCAACUAUCUCAUGGCCAGUCUCUGUGUGUCGGAGAUUGUCAUGGGAAUGAUGAUCUCUUGGUGUUCCUUCAUUCUGAUGAUCUCUGGGACGACACACCCUGUGCUCGACUUCGCCAUACCUAUGUGUUGCACCUUCCUUACUCUAACUAGUUAUUUCUUGAACUCAAUCGCCGUGGCAAGUGACCGUUACCUGAAGAUCUCCCGACCUCUUCAGUACCCUCGACUAGCAACAGCGAGAUGCUGUGUGGCACUGAUUGGUGCGAUCUGGUGUGCCUCUUGUUUGGCAGGCCUGACUAUGUACCUGACAGCAUUCAGUAAUUUUAACUAUGAGAAUUAUCGAGCCCCCCUGCUGGUGUUGUCGAAUUUGAUCGUCCUCCCCAGCAUGGUCGUGAUGGCUUGCCUGAUAGCUGCUCUUGUUCGCAUCGCGAGGCAUCAGCGUCGCAGGAUACAAGACGAAAGGAUGAUAUUUCAGCAUCUCCAGGAUCACGUGCAGCGGACGCAGCAGGAACUGCACACGGAAAGCGCCCGACAGCACCAUCCUAACCACUCUAGCGACAAGACCACCACGUAUUUCAUCGUACACUUCACCACUUUUGUCGCAGCCUGGCUGCCGGCAAGUGUGUCCUACGACCUCACCGUCUUCAACGACCUGAAUGUUCCCACUCAAAACGUCGUCCUCGUGGCUACUAGCAUGGUGGCCAUUGUCGACACAUUCGGUGGCACCAUGUUCCUAGCGUAUGUGCAGCCGGAACACCGGCAAGCUGCCUCGAACAACUUGAAAAGAAUGAAACAAUUCUUCCUGAACCGAUAA